AAUUCCCGCUAAAUUUUAAGGUUCAUUCAUAAAUAUGUUUAAAUAUAAAAAUAAGUAUAUUGUGUAUGUUUACAUUAUCAGAAUCAUGAUUUUGUGCGUAGUAGGGUUGAAACUUCAGUAUCGCUUGACUCCAUCCUUACGCGUUUCUACUCGAUUAAGCCGUCGUUACACAUCGCCUAUCCAUAACCGAAAUUGAUAUCUGCGAUUCUGGUGUAUAACUUACACACCGCUUCAGUUGGCUGAGGACUUUCAGCAGAUUGAGUCAAUUUCUAGUCUAGUUUCCCAAGUAUGUACCAACCUUUCCGCUUGAAAGCUUAGAGCAAGGACUGUGAACAUGAUAGCUUACCAAUCGGAUGCAAGUAGCCUGUUUUAAUUCAUAUGAUCGAUUCUGUUCUGUCAAAUCUGAAUACCUUCACGCACCUUCAGAUGGUCGUCUUAGAUUCUAAUUUCUCUUGAUAACAUUGCUCAUGUAAGUGCCUGUUCAUUUCGCAUUAUAAAUGAAGUCGUGCUUCCGCUAUAGCUGCGUUGGAAGAAUCGAUGAUAAUGUGUCCUACGUCAUUCCGAAGCAACACUAUUUUCUUUCGAUCAUGGGACCUACUUCAGAAUUUAUUCUUAUUGAAAAAUAACUUCGUCGAAGGGAUGCAAACCUUGCUGCUUUAUUGGUCUUGUCUCGAGAUUACACUUGAUGCCGAGUUUUAGGAUUUCGAGACUGGUUUAUGGCUGUGGUUGUAGUCAAGGCAUGGACUACGCGAGUCACAUAGAUCCACUGGUAGCAGUAUGAAUGAUGUUAUUUGCAGCAAUCUGAAAUUAGUCUUUUCACGAUUAGUUGGAAAGUUGUUAGGGAGACCAUAUAAUUCUUUGUGCAACGCGACAUUACGCGGAGACAGCUUUAAAGAUCGUAAAAAUCAGAGAAAAGACCCCUGAUUGAAGCUCGCUUAACCUAUGGUUUAAGUGGAAUUGUUUCUAGUCUUCCGCUAAUUUAAGCACUCCUUCUCUUGAAGCCUACUGCCAAAGGCCGACAUGGUUCACAUCACUGAAAUGCGAGUUCUCCUUCCGAUGACAGUGAACGAAUUCAAGAGGGGUCAACGUUUUUCCAACUUCAAGACAAAUGAACUGAACACCUCGGAGGGUCAAGGAGGACAGCUUCUCUCAACGUUGCCGUAUGAGAACGAGAUAUGGGGCGAAGGAAUCUAUACACACAGCCUAUAUCGUCUUGGAGAUCGAUUGCCUGACUGGGUGACAAGGUUGGUACCUUCAAAUGCUUUGAUCAUUGAUGAGAAGACAUGGAUGGCAUUUCCUUAUGUGCGAACAACCAUUUCAAUUCCAUUCUUCAAUAAGCUGAAAAUAGAAAUGGUUAGCAUGCAUGCAAACGACAAUGGCUCCACGGAGAACAUUCACAAUCUUACAGAAGCUGAACUUGCCAUCCGCAAGGUCGAUAUGAUCGACAUUGCUUUUGAUGAUAUUCCAAACCGAGAUUACCGAGCAGAAUUGGAUCCUAAGCUUUAUGUUUCUAAGAAAACUGGGCGAGGACCUCUAAGGAAGGGAUGGCUUGGUAACACGGUACCGACGAUGUGUGCGUACAAAUUGGUGAAAGUGGAAGCCAAUUAUUGGGGUGUCCAGAGCCGGGCUGAGAAACUCAUGACCAAUGGAAUUCGUCAGAUCGUGCUCCUCACUCAUCGAAAUGCAUUCUGUUGGUUGGAUGAAUGGUUUGAUCUUACCUUUGAGGAGAUUUGUGCCCGGGAAUCUCUUGGGCGCGAGAGGUUAAAAGCUACUGUGAAACAACCUCCUGUUAUUGAUCCUAGGACAGGGCAGGAAGUAAUUCUUGAACCUGAAGGACCUUCUCAGGAUACUACUGAUGAUAGUGAUGAGACCAGUGACAUUGAAGCUGAAUAUUUUGAGGCUGAGAUGGAGUUGGGUAAUCUUAAUGCUGGACAGCUCGUGACGAAGCGAAUACCAGCAGGGAAUGACACAGUGAUUACCCAACCUUCAGAUGUUCCUGACAGAUGUGCAGUAUGUGCUACACGUGACAUCUCGGACUCUCCUCCAUCUUUAUUUUGCACUACUUGCCAGGAAUACUUCUGUCAGCGUUGUUUUACUGAGUUCCAUGUCACAACGCGACUGAAGGCACAUACCAUACAGCACCUUUUGAAUAGCUUCGUUUCGCUAGACUCCAGAAAAAUUGUACCAGUGGAUAAGGAGAAUGCAAAGAAAGACGCAGGUCUGCCUCCGGUGCGUGUAGUACUUCAGAAGUCUACAAGUGACAUGUCUCAAUUCAAACGUACUCUUAACAAUGGCCACAGCAUUGAUAGCCCCGCGAGGGAGUUGGGAGCACAGGAUCACACUUGGAUUAGUCGAGCAACAUCCAAGUUGCGGCGCAUCAAAAGCGGAUUUUCUGUCCUCAAUGAGAUCCAGUGUACUGAUGGCGUGUUACUUCAGGAUAACUCACAGCCAGAUGUACCACCUAUGAGGGCUGCUACUUCCAAUUCAGAUGCUAAUCAACUUAGUUACCGCCCAAAUGAAUUAUCUGAAGAGCUUGUGCGAACAGUUGCCUCACUUCAUCAACGUGCAGCUGAGUCAUGCUCACUCUCUGCGUUGGCACGCUCGACUUCGCAAGCGUUUGCCUCCUCCAAGCGAAACUUUGGUCGGCGACCUUCUCAAGACUUGACAGAUGGAGAUAUUAUGGUUGAUCAUAAAGGCGAGCGUCUAGCAAUUGAUCCAUAUGAUGUGAAAGAAGGCUGUACCGCUCGGGAUAUUGGGGUUUACGCGAACAGUUUGGAUGUUACUGUGCUUCCUACGGAGUCUCAGAUCAAAGCUUUCGUUGCUCUCUAUCAACGGUUGCAUGACCUUCUGGAACUCCUGAAGCUUGUAAAGCCAGAAAACAUGCAUCACAAGGAGCGCUUGUCGUUUUGGAUCAACAUUUAUAAUACACUUGUGCUUCAUGCAUUUCUGACAUAUGGAGCGCCAAAGAAUCAUUACAAGAGGGUCAGCCUUAUGGAUAAGGUGGCAUAUAUCGUUGGUGCACAUAAAUACAGCCCACCUAUGAUUGAACACUCAAUAUUGCGAUCUAAUUCGUAUCGACCUGCAUUAGCAAGUCUGUUUCCCAUUAUAAGAGUUAAGAAGCCUGAUGAGCACGUAGGACCAUCCCUUGACCGACCAGAGCCCCUUGUCAGUUUUGCGCUUUGCUGUGGAAGCAGAUCUAGUCCUGUGAUGCGUGUGUACACAGCCACGAACAUCGAUAUCGAAUUAGAAGAAGCGUGCCGAGACUUUUUAAUGGCGGCUGUUAGUGUGCACAAGAAGAAAACUGUUGUUCUACCAAAGCUCCUUCAUUUGUAUGUCCAGGACUUCUCGCAUGAUGCUGAGUCUUUAAUAGAGUGGAUCGCUGCUAAACUGCCGCACGAGAAGCGAUUGGCUUUUGACGAAUGCAAAAAGAAGCGAUCUUCGAAAGGAAUCAGGCAUCGUGUAUCUGUGCAGCCCUACGACUGGACUUUUCGUUAUCUUUAUGAUCCAAGUCUGUUGCGAAAUUGAGCAGCUUUCAUGACAUUGUAGAUACAGUCGCCACCCAAUUCAUCUGCACCUGCCUCCGCAUUUUAGUAAACUUUCCCGAAAUGGACACGAAUUAUCCAUUCAUUUAUCAAUAAGAAAUGCAAGGAAUUUUAGAAAGAGUAGAUAGAUUAGACCUGGUUAAUAGGUAACUUAAUGGUAGUUUGUAAAUAUUUGUGUGUUUCUCUCUAUCGCUGGAACUGAAGGUUAAACCUCCGCUCUGCAUAUACUCACAUAUUUGGUAAUUUUGGUGUAAGUACUUCUUGGUACUAGGUUUUAUUUGAUGUUUGAUCA